AUGCCUAGAUUUUCAAAGAAACGUCGCCAAAUGAUACAACUAACAGCUAAUCGCAAAAAUACAAAAAAAAUUAAAAAGGUUGCAGAUACUCUCCAGUGUCUUGAUGAUGAUAAUAACGCUUUAGAAGACAAACUGGUUGAGCUUAUUCAAGGUUUAAAUGAUGAUGAAAAAGAAGAUGCAAUAAAAUUAUUAGAAAAUAUGAGAUACCC